AUGUCACAAUCCUACCAAAUCUUCCCCACCGACGCAGCCAAAUCCCACCUCUCCCCAACCUUCCUUAACAACCUCCACCUCAAAACCACCCCCAUCCCAACCCCAGGUCCCAACUCCGUCCUCCUCCGCAUCCGCGCCGUCUCCCUCAACUACCGCGAUCUCCUCAUCGUCGCCAAUUCCCCUCUCUACCCCGUCAGCGCCGUCCCAGGCCUAAUCCCCUGUUGCGACGGAGCCGGCGAGAUCGUCUCCGUCGGCGAGAACAGCAAAUGGGCCUCCAACAUCGGAGCUUCCGUCAUCGUCCAUCCCACACAUAGUUGGAUCGACGGCAACGUAUCGAAUUACGACUUCGCGACCACGAGGGGCAUGGGCGAUAUCCAGGGCUUGUUGGCGCAGUAUGUAGUUAUCGAGGAUGAAUGGAUCGUGCUUGGGCCGAAGAACUUGUCGUUUGAGGAGAUGGCUAGUUUGCCAUGUGCGGGUGCUACGGCGGUUAAUGUGUUGAGUAGCGUUAAUGUCGAGAAGGGUACGACUGUGGUAACACAGGGGACCGGUGGGGUCAGUUGUUUUGUUAUCCAGUUCGCAUCCGCACUCGGCGCAACCGUCAUCUCCACGUCUUCCUCAGCUGCCAAACUCGCCAUCGCCCAAAAGCUCGGCGCCACCCACCUGAUAAACUACAACACCUCCCCUUCCUGGUCCGAAGACAUCCUGCGUCUGACCGACAACCGCGGCGUUGAUCUCGUCGCUGACGUAGGCGGCUCCGGCACCAUCGGCGAGACCAUCAAGAGCUUACGUCAGGGCGGCACGGCGUGCUGUAUUGGCUUUCUGGCGCCCCCGAAGGAAGUGGAUGUUGUUUUUGAUUUGAUGUUUAAGGCGCGGACGUUGAAGGGUGUGAUUUGCUUUAGUCGGAAGAUGGUGGAGGAUAUGGUGGUGCUUGUUGAGGAACAUGAUAUUCAUCCGCCGAUUGAGGUGUACGAGUGGGAGGAUGCGAAGAAGGCUUUUGAGAUUUAUAGGGAUCAGAAGGUUGUGGGAAAGGUUGUUAUCAAGGUUUAG